UUCAACGUGACGGAACACCUCGGAGUUUCUGGACAGCAAAGGAAGGUGGGCCUUGGUCCAUCGAGUCGCACACGAAGCCUGCUUUGAAAUCUUGCAACGGGUUCUGCUUCACAUGACAUGAUCCGGUCGCUAGACGCGUUUUGCACUGCCUCUCGGUUAACUGCUCCUAGACACUGUGUCCGUGUGCAUGCUCGACAUCGAGGGGUUUUGUCACUUGGACGGGCUAGUCAUCACGUCAAUAAAGCUUGCAGAUCGACACAACUGUUGCAAAGAAACAAUACCAGCUUCUCGACGUCUAUCACGACUCGGACAUUACAGUUGCAGUUACAGAAGACUCGAUUCGGACAGCAGAUAAGAAACAUGGCAUCUGCGACCACCUUUUUCGAAUUCACGCCGAAGGACAAGAAGGGUAAUGCGUUCCCGCUCUCAGAGCUCAAGGGUGGGGUCGUGCUUGUCGUGAACACGGCCUCGAAAUGCGGGUUCACUCCUCAAUUUGCUGGGCUUGAGAAAUUGUACCAGGACCUGAAGACGACACAUCCAGACUUCACGAUCCUUGGCUUCCCUUGCAACCAAUUCAACGGUCAAGAUCCAGGCUCAAACGACGAGAUCCAGAGUUUCUGUCAGAUAAACUACGGCGUCACUUUCCCCGUCCUCGGAAAGAUAGAUGUCAACGGCGACAAUGCGGACCCCGCGUUUAACUGGCUCAAGAACGAGAAGCCCGGGCUUAUGGGCCUGAAGCGCGUGAAAUGGAACUUUGAAAAGUUCCUAGUCGGUCGGGAUGGCAAGGUCAAGGGGCGGUGGGCCAGUACUACUAAGCCGGAGCAGUUGAAGGACGCAAUCCUAAAGGAGUUGGAAAAAAAGGCAUAAAGGAGGGGCAUUUAGAUCCCACGCUCUGUUUGGCUGGCACUGGCACUAGCAUUGGCACCGGUAUUGGCAUCGGUAUUGGCACCAGGAUAGAUGGAAUGGGUCGGAAUAGUGUGAAAGAAUCUCCUCUUCUUCGGAACACGACUUGGUUCUGUUUACGUUACAUGGGCACCCACCUAGGGAGAUGUACUUCUGUGUCUUGGACAGUGUACUUCCGAACGUGGGCUAAAGGGACUGAGUUCAACAUCUUUGCCCUCGUACUGGUGGAAUAUCAAUAAGACUUAGUCAUCCACGCUCAAUGUCAAGAGACGGCUUGAUAUGAGUUCGCUUACUUCCCUCCCUGACAUCAUAACCCCCAAGAAUCAUGCG